UUCUCUGCAGUUUUGCACCACUCUUUGCUUCUAUCACAGACUACUAGUUAGCUUUUCUUGUCAAAAGUUAACAUUUUUUUUUUUCUUUCUAUUUUCGGCUCUUCUGACGAAUUUGGACUAUCAUAAUAAUUUUCUUCUAGAAAAACAGAGUCCUGAGACUUGAAGAAUGGGACAAUCACUGGGUUGCAUUACAGUAGAGCAGUCAAACGUAGCUGUGAGGGAACAUUUUGGGAAAUUUAACGAUGUUCUUGAGCCAGGAUGUCACUGUUUGCCUUGGUGUCUUGGAUACCAGUUGUCUGGUCAACUUUCAGUCCGUGUGCAACAACUCGAUGUUCGUUGCGAAACUAAGACUAAGGAUAAUGUGUUUGUGAAUGUUGUGGCAUCUAUUCAAUAUCGUGCUUUGCCAGAGAAGGCAGCAGAUGCUUUCUAUAAGCUCUCCAAUGCCAAAGCGCAGAUCCAGGCCUAUGUUUUUGAUGUUAUCAGAGCUAGUGUACCAAAAUUGGAGUUGGAUGCUGUCUUUGAGCAGAAGAGUGACAUAGCAAAAGCUGUUGAGGAGGAGCUAGAGAAGGCAAUGUCUGCUUAUGGCUUUGAAAUAGUUCAGACCCUCAUAGUGGAUAUAGAGCCUGAUGUUCGUGUUAAGAGAGCGAUGAACGAGAUAAAUGCAGCUGCGAGACAGAGGCAGGCAGCAAACGAAAAGGCUGAAGCAGACAAAAUAUUGCAAAUAAAGCGAGCUGAAGGAGAGGCAGAGUCCAAAUACCUGUCCGGGCUUGGUGUAGCUCGCCAGCGCCAGGCCAUUGUUGAUGGGUUGAGGGACAGUGUGCUUGCCUUCUCCGAGAAUGUUCCAGGAACAACGGCCAGAGAUAUUAUGGAUAUGGUGUUGGUCACUCAAUAUUUUGACACUAUGAAGGAGAUUGGGGCAUCCUCAAAGUCAUCAUCUGUUUUCAUCCCACAUGGACCAGGUGCUGUGAGAGAUAUCGCUUCACAGAUUAGGGAUGGUCUCCUUCAAGCCGAUACUGCUUUAAAUUAGAGGGAGAAAAGCUUUGUUGAACAAACUUGUUAUUUGUUAAUGUUCUAUUUAGGUUUCACUUUUAGCAUUCGUGAAUAUGUUUUGACUGUUGCAUAUGUGCAAAAACUUCUAUUAUUCAUCCCCUGCCAUAUGCUUGGUUAGUCCAGAACUUGGUAAAUAAUUCCUAGCAAAGCCAAUCUAUUACUUGAAGGGUUUUCUA